GCGGCUCCGCGGCGUCCGGGACCCGCUGUGACCGCACCUGCGGCCGCCAGGACCUCGCACCGCUGCGCAGAUGUGCCACAUCGACCUGGUGCUUCUCUUUCGGCCGCUUGCUUAGCUGAUUUUUCUUUUUUUCCCUUUCCUCGGGAUCGCUCUGUGCUUCUCAGAGUAACUGCAAAAACUCUGAUCAAUGCCCUCAGAACAUGUCUAAUUGGACAAGUCUGUGGUAUAUCUGGUUGAUCUUGCUGACGGUGUUCCUGCUCCUGCUCUGUGGGAUCACAGCAAGCUGCAUCAAAUGCUGCUGCCGGAGGAAGAGGCCUCCAGUUGAGAGCUUCUCGAGGCACCCCCACGAUCUGACAGCGACCGACAGUGAAAGCACUGCCCACAGCACAGUCACCUCAUACAGCUCAUUGCAGUACCCUCUGAGUGCUCCUCUUCAUUCGAUAUUUGUGGAUAUGGAUAAGAUUAUCGUGUCCCCUCCAGCUUACAGCCUCUAUGCAAUGGAGUUGCCACCUUCUUAUGAUGAAGCUGUCCAAAUGGAUAAACAACACAUUGAAGUAGCACAGAUAAACCAGAAACUCAAUGACAUCCCUGGACAGGUGUCACCAGGUGAGCUGAAUCCCAGCCAGUAUUCACCUGAUAGAAUCAACGGAGACCCAGCGACACAGGAAAAUUCAGAAAAUUCCGAACAUGAAACACAAGGACAGCCGCAGCUCUGAGUCAUUUCAGAUGAGGAAUAAAGGAAGGGGAGGACUGUGAGAGUUAAAGAAGACAUGAAGAGUUUGGAUUUUAUAGGCAGAUUAUGAUGGAAAGAUGUUUCCUUUCAUGCCCUUGUAAUGAUCUGUCAGUUAGAAGAAAUGUUUUCUGUGACUGCUGUAAUCUCCUGGUAAAGCUUCUUCAAGGAUAUGAAAUGAAGUAAAAGGGCAGCAGUUUAAAAAUGUCUGUAAAAGUGGGACAUGAAUGCUUGUUCAUCUCUUUAGGGGCGAUUCUUCAUGAAGCACUGAUAGCAAGGGUAACUGCUAUGCAUCAUUUUAAAACUGGGAGUCAAUUACAGCGUUCUCAGCCCAAACAAAAAUAUGGGCUCUGAGAGGCCCUUUUUUAAAUGACAGUUCUUUCCCUUUCUUGCCCCUCCCAUAUUCCAAAUAGUAUUAGUUUUGUCCACUGCUGAGUAGUGAUUUUCUCUGGAUCCACUUCAAGGUGCUAAUUUGUCCCUUUAAGAACAUGGGCAAUCAGAUUGCUCAUCACUAUGGGAUUAUCUACGGGGUAAAAGCAGGAAUGAAAGCAUGAGCGCUAGGUGCUGCUAACAAAUGUAGCGUGAAGUGGGGAGUGUUAGGUCAGAGUGAAUGUCGACGGACCUUCUGCUAACAAGAACAUGAGUGAUGGUGUUCAUUUUUGCUGAAGUUGCUUUGGUAGCUGUGAAAAAGGGUUACCUUCUGGAAAUAUUGAGCUGUCUGUCAUUAAUAAGCAGUAGAAGUGGUGGGCACAAAAUCUUGCACAGCUUUUAAAAGACUAUUCUCCAACAAACAUUACAGCAAGAACUACCCUAGAAACGAGCACUAAUGAUUUAAAAACUAAGAUCUCUCUGCCAGCCAACAGGACUGAGACUAGAAUUUCUGCUACACAUCCAUAAUGUGUGAGCUGUUCAUGAGUCCGGCUCCCUAGAGAGGGGUUGGUUCUAUAUUUAACUUGCAUAUAGCUUACUGUGAGGGUUGCACGGAAAGAUUGGUUUAAUAACUCUGCUUCUCUUCUAUCUCUUCUCUGUCCUCCUUAAUUAUAUUUCUCCUGUUUUAUUCUCUCCUCUGUUUUCUUUUUCUGUGUCAAGAUGGAGACUAGGCAUAACCCAGGGUGGCUAUUUGGAUGUUGCUAGCUGGAAAAGCAAGAUACACCCAGUCUUGGGUGUCUCCAAGUCACAAAUAUAGCAGAUAUUUUUUUAUUUAUUGACCUUUUCCCUUAGAAUAGUCCUCAGAAACAAACCCUAUGCCUUUCCAAACAAGAAAUAUCUGUUGGAGGGAAAUGGCUGAGCACUCACUCACUAAUAGAAACAGGAAUAUAAACCAAGGCAAAUGAAAUGGUGACUGACACAAGAGGGCAGCCCUUCACUUUGCAGUGUAUUGCAUUAAAUCACCACUGGGAACAGCUUUGUAAGAGACAAGCCUGUGUUGCAAAGAGGCGAGGGAACUUCUGAGCUGGAACUGAAUUUCCAUUUCUGUACGUAGAAAGCAUAGUGAAUAAAGCGCUUAGUUUUUUCCCUGACUUGGUAGGAAGAAGGGCAUAAUCUGGUGCGGAUUCAGAAAUUGUUAGCUGGGUGUGGAGAGUGGAAGGAGGGAGACAGGACACAGAUUUGACUGUAACUACAAAGCCUCACUUCCAUAAGAAAGCAGGUUUAAAAAGAACACCAAUUAGGAGACUUGGUCCCACAGCAGGUUGUAGGAUCAGCUGGAUAGAGGGUCUAAGAAUUCUGUUUUGUCAGACUGGUGUUUUUUCACCAUCGCUAGAUCCACUCAAGUCUGAUUAAAGCCACACAAGCUUUGUGACAUCUCUAAGGGAAAAGCCCUUCUCUGUAAUUACCCACAGUGCAUUUUUAAUUGUGAUUUGAAUUCGGUGCUCAUUUGGCACUGUUCAGCAUGCAAUUUUUCUUCCCUCUUUUUUCCAAAAUGAUUGUUUUGCCAGUUAUUUUCUGUGAGUUGCUGGCUGUGUGGAAGAGCCUAUGAUGGGGAGCUGUGCUGCUGGGAAGCUGGUGCUUACAUCACUGUCAGCAGCCUGCAGUCCUGUCUCUCUCCUCUCACACACACACACUCAUCAUGAGCACUUGUGCUCAGAAGGAAAAUGCAGACUUGGAAGUAAAUUGCCUCAAUAAUUCAUAGGCUUUAUAGCCCGGAGCAAAUUAUACCUUGCCUCUGUCAUGAAAUGCAGGUUGCAAAUCCCUUUAUAGCCAAGCUCGUUAACAAUAUAAGUAAAGUGGUACAUCUAUAAUGGCUUUUAUAACAGAUGCAUUAUAAUAGUUAGAGAGUAUUAAGUGGUAAACCUGCAGCAUCCAGAGUGAAGCAUCAGUAGGGUCUGGAUACAGUAAGUCAGAGAAAAAACAUUUCUUACUUUGCCUUGCAGUUGCCUUUGUCUGCCUUGCUGCCCCUAAACAGCUUAGAAGGUUUGGUUUCUUUGAGUUCUAAUUGCAUUUCACCUUUAUCAGAUGCAGCUUUUGAGGGAAAAGAAUCUCUGCUGUUGCCAGUACUGUGGAUGUGCAAAACCUGCUCACUUAUGAAAUAAAAUAGCUCUCGCAAAACUACUUCCCAGAUUCUUGCUCUUAGCUGUCUUCUGGCUCCAAUUUUAAUCUUCUUUACCUGUUGGAACUAUUUUUGCUUAGGGAGACAUUUACUAAUUUUGCUGCAAAUAGCAGAGGUUCUUUCCUUUACCCACAACUAAAACUCUAACUGAGAGAGAGGACUGAAUCAUGUUCAGAGCAGCCUGUGAAAACAAAGUAUCAUGGGGGAAUUGUGCUCUAUAAAAAUGGAGAAGACAAUAAAUGUUUUAUGAAAUAUUA